AUGUCUCUUCCACAGCUUCUCGUCGGCAAAGUCGCCGCUAUCACAGGUGGUCUAACUGGUAUUGGGCGGGCCAUUGCUCUAGAUUAUCUUCGUCACGGCGCCAAAGUGGCCGUCAACCACCUCGGGGGCCCGAAAGACGAGCCUCUGCUCGAGGCACUGCGCAAAGAUGUGUCUGGUGUGGCCGGCGCCGAUGAGAGCAGAUUCAUUGCCGUUGCUGGCGACAUCUCCCAGCCCGAGACCGGACGAGACUUCGUUGCCAAGACCGUCGAAGCAUUUGGCCGGCUGGAUGUGUUUGUGAGCAAUGCGGGGGUUUGCAAGUUCGAAGAGUUCUUGGAAGUCGACCCAUCCCUUCUCGGCCACACUUUCAACACAAACCUCUCCGGUGCAUAUUUCGCAGUCCAGGCGGCAGCACGACAGAUGGCGCUGGCCCAGUCCCCCCCGGGCGGCUCGAUCAUUGGUAUCAGCUCCAUCUCGGCGCUGGUUGGAGGAGGGCAGCAAACACAUUACACCCCCACCAAGGCGGGCGUGCUCAGUCUCAUGCAGUCGACCGCCGUGGCCCUGGGCAAGUAUGGCAUUCGCUGCAAUGCUCUGUUGCCCGGUACUAUCCGUACGCAGUUGAAUGAUGAGGACAUGAGUGACCCUGCGAAGAGAACAUACAUGGAAGGUAGAAUUCCGCUGGGAAGACUGGGUCAGCCCCGAGAUCUGGCGGGACCCGCCGUGUUCCUGGCAUGUGAGGAAUUGAGUAGCUACGUGACUGGCGCACAGCUACUCGUGGAUGGUGGAUUGUUUGUGAACCUUCAAUAG